UCCAGCGUCAACGGCGACGGCUACGACAGCGACGGCUACAACUUCGCGCCGCCUACUCCGUCGACUUUGUCCAUGUCAAUACCUCCGGAGCUUGCUGGAGCAAUCCCGCUGAUCGAUAGGUUCCAGGUGGAGGGAUUUCUUAAAGCAAUGCAAAAACAGAUCCAAUCAUCCGGAAAGCAUGGGUUUUUUAUUAAAAAAUCUGUGGGUCCGCAAGUUCGUGAGAAGUUCACUUUGGAAGAUAUGUUGUGCUUCCAAAAGGAUCCUAUUCGAACUUCAUUACUGAAAGUAACUAACGACCUUGUAAGUCGCUCAAUUAAAUUAUUCCAUGUCAUAUUAAAGUACAUGGGCAUCGAUUCACCUUCAAUAAUAAGUUUGGAAGAAAGAGUUGAACUAGUUGCAAAGCUUUAUAAGCAUACUUUGAAGCGUUCUGAACUUCGAGAUGAGCUCUUUGCCCAGCUUUCAAAACAAACACGUAACAAUCCCGGUCGGAGCUGGUUGAUAAGAGCUUGGGAGCUAAUGUAUUUAUGCGCAUCUUCCAUGCCACCAAGCAAUGAUAUUGGGGCAUACUUGUCUGAGUAUGUUCACUAUAUUGCUCAUGGAGCCACAACUGAUUCUGAUGUUCGAGUUCUAGCAUUGAACACACUGAAUGUGUUAAAACGUUCGGUUAAGGCAGGCCCACGGGUUACAAUUCCUGCACGAGAAGAGAUUGAAACACUUUUAACCAGCCGGAAGCUUACAACAAUUGUAUUUUUCUUGGAUGAAACAUUUGAAGAGAUUAAAUACGACAUGGCAACAACUGUUGCUGAUGCUGUUGAGGAACUUGCUGGCAUUAUCAAACUCUCAGUAUAUUCUAGUUUCAGUCUUUUUGAGUGUCGAAAGAUUGUUAAUGGAUCAAAAUCUUCAGAAGUUGGCAACGAGGAAUACAUCGGAUUGGACGAUAACAAAUACAUUGGUGACUUGCUAUCUGAAUUCAAGUCAGCUAAGGAUCGCAACAAAGGAGAAAUUUUGCACUGCAAGCUUGUAUUUAAGAAACGCCUAUUUCGCGAGUCUGAUGAGGCUGUGACUGAUCCGAUGUUCGUUCAGCUAUCAUAUGUCCAGUUACAACAUGAUUAUAUUUUGGGGAACUACCCAGUAGGCAGGGAUGAUGCUGCACAACUCACUGCUCUGCAAAUAUUGGUCGAGAUUGGAUUCAUUGAAAAUCCUGAGUCCUGUGUCGAAUGGAUAUCUCUUCUAGAGAGGUUUCUACCUAGACAAGUUGCAAUUACUAGAGCAAAGCGAGACUGGGAGCUUGACAUCAUCUCACGCUAUCAGUUAAUGGAACACUUGUCAAAAGAUGAUGCAAGGAACCAAUUUCUCAGAAUCUUAAGGACUCUUCUAUAUUGCAAUUCAGUUUUCUUCAGCGUUCGGAAAAUUGAUGAUCCAAUAGGACUUUUACCUGGAAGAAUCAUUUUGGGAAUAAACAAGCGUGGGGUUCACUUCUUUCGUCCGGUUCCUAAGGAAUACCUACAUUCUGCAGAGCUGAGAGACAUAAAGCAAUUUGGGAGCAGCAAUACUGCUGUUUUCUUUAAGAUGAGAGUUGCUGUUUUCUUUGAGAUGAGAGUUGCUCCUGUUCUUCAUAUCUUUCAGUUUGAAACUAAGCAGGGUGAAGAAAUAUGUGUAGCACUUCAAACACAUAUAAAGGAUGUGAUGCUCUCUAGAUAUUCAAAAGCGCGCUCUGGCUCUGCUACUAUCAUGGUUUCUCAAAAUGAUGUUUCUCAAGCAGACAAGCCAGGAAAUGUUGAAAUGUAUGACAAACGUGUCCAAGAAUUGUCAAGAGAAAUUGAUGAGUCUCAAAAGAAAGCAGACCAGGUUGCGUUGGUGGAGAAAAGUAGGCUGGAGAGCAGAUUAACAAGUGGGCAUGGCCAAAAAAACAAAUCUAAACUAGAAGUAAUUGGAAACCAUUCUGAAAGAGAUACUCUGACAACCGUAGGCAGUGUCAACAACAGCAUUGAGAUGGAUGAGCGGGAAGGAGAGAAAAAGCGCUUGCUUCAUGAAACAGGUUCUAGCUCUGGGACAUGUGCUAUGCCAGAUGAGAAGAAGCAUAGAGUUGAAUAGGUCUCUCAGUUUGAUCGGAGAGUUGAAGAUGAAUCUCAGUUUGAUAAUAAUCAUGAAGAUGAUUAUCAGACAGCUACACCUGAGGUUUCGGGCCAUGCCAUUUAUCAGCAGAAGAGAUACAUGCACCUUGAUGGUACCGAUUGUAUAACUUCUUUAGGUUCUGAUGCACCUAUGGAUGGUACUGAUGACGAGCCUUUCAUAGAUGAAGAUCAUGCACCUGAGAUUAUCCAACCUACAGAAGGAGGCCAUGUACCGAGUACACAA